AUGGCUAGGGCAACUCCAGUCCAAACAGCUGUUCCUCAGGCAGGAGUAGUCCGACGGGAAGCCACCACAACGUCGGCGACAAAUGCCGAAGCCACUACGGCGACCACCACAACAGCGACAGAGUUUCAAUUGUCGUUAACUUUGGAUCUGCCUUCCGACACCUGUACGCCAACUAUAGCGCCAGACAAAAACGGCUAUGUACCGCCAUCAGAGUGUGACGCCUUAUACCUCUAUUACCCGUCUUUCAAAGCUGCGAUCGCCGCCACCGUGAUUUUUGGGCUCAUCCUAGUGACACAUUUCGUGCAAGCAACGAUUUACAAAGCUGGCUUUGUCUGGGUUGUACUCAUGGGAACCGCAUGGGAGACUGUGGGCUAUGCAACCCGCGCCUUGAGUACUCGCAAGCAACAAGACAACACAAUCGCGACCGUCACGCAGAUGUUUAUUCUGUUGGCCCCAUUAUGGGUCAACGCCUUUGACUAUAUUGUUUUAUCUCGAAUGAUCAAUUUCUUCGUUCCCGAACGUCGCAUUGGCAUUUUCAAGCCUUCAUUGCUGGCCAAAAUCUUCGUGAUUCUCGACUUUGGCUCCUUCGUGAUCCAAAUGAUUGGAGGAUUCAUGGCAACCGGGACCUCCGAACAGCAAAUGAACGGUAUUCACGUCUACAUGGCUGGGAUUGGCAUUCAACAAUUCUUCAUUGUCUGCUUUUUAGUGCUGGCCUUCCAAUUCCAUCGACUGAUGCUGAAGCUCGAUCGAGCUGGUCGACUAUUCGGCGAUAAGCAGAACUGGAGGAAACUUCUUUACGUUCUGUAUGCCAGUCUGCUUUUCAUUACCGUGCGUAUCUUCUACCGCUUAAUUGAGUUCUCAUCUGGCUACGGGGAGAACAAUCCUAUUCCAUACCACGAAUGGUAUAUGUACGUGUUUGACGGCAUUCCAAUGGCCUUUGCUGUUCUCGUCUGGAACUUUGCCCCCCUGGGGCUGUUCUUCAAGGUCCAGAUGCAAAGAUGCCCUCCAGUGGAAUUGGCAGGUUUCUCUGUUGUAACGGCUGUGGCUGCUGUGGAGGUUGUUGCUGUCGAACUUGUCGGAAGCGCGAGACUACCCGAUAACGACUUCUACGGAGAUGAUGUUCCACUCCACCAACGAGAUGCAUCACCAUAUAGAGACACGGGAUACUCUUCGGGUCGGUGA